GGGAUUGUAGUAUUUUGGGGUCUUUGCACUCUCUCUCUCUUUCUCUCUCUAGAAAUCAGGCCUGGAAGAUCAUUUCUUGCUAUCUUGGUCUUCGUCCACUCCUUCCAUCAAAUUUUUCUGUGUCUCUCUCUACAGCUAUCCAUACAUAACAAACAGCCAUGAGGAUCAGGAAGCGUUUUCCUCCAUCAUCUGUCUCUCCAGCGACUGUCUCAGAUCCCCAACUUGACCGGUCACCGGUGGUGCAACGGCACCAGACAAAAGAUAGCAUACAAGUGCACCCACUAGGAAAUCUACCUUUGCCGGAGCCUAACACCGUUUCUCCGCAGACCGAUCCUCCUAAUCAGCAUCUCCCACCGUCCUCCAGCCACUCCAUGAUGAUCGGAAGCGAAAAGACCAGAUGGGUUUGUGCUACUACUUCCAAUGAACUCCAGAAGUACCCGGAAGGUGAAGAGAUUAAAGAUGAGAGAUGGGGAGAGGAUAAGAAGAGUAAUGAUAUCAGAAAAGGAAGCAUCUUAGGUGCAGAAGUAGGUGCUCAGGUUCUGCAACCAUUAGCUUCUUCUGAUCAAGGUAAGAAUUAUUUACUACCACUAGAAUAAUAUGAUCAGCCACUAUCAUAUAUAUGCCCAUUGUGAAUGUUUUUUUGUACUUUUUUUUUGUUUGGUUGUGCACCUGCCAUUGCACUUUAUAUAGUUGUUGGGAGGUGGUGUGAGAGAGAUAAAGUUGUUCCUUUGAAGAAGAGAAUAGGGAGCUUUGCAAGAAGGGAGGGAGAAGAAGAGGCGAUGAUAAUGGAGAAUGGGAAGAAGAUGAAAGCUAAAAUGAAGUCUAAAACAAAUAAGAAAUGUGUUCGACAAAAUGUUGAUGAAAAAGAAGAGAGAGAAACGAACAAAGAGGACAGUGAGAAAUCUAGUGGAAAGAGGAGCAAGAAAGGUAGUGUGAUAAUGGAAGGAUCGCGGUGCAGCCGUGUUAAUGGGAGGGGGUGGAGGUGUUGCCAACAGACCCUUGUGGGUUAUUCUCUUUGUGAACACCACUUGGGUAAGGGAAGGCUUAGAAGCAUGUCUAGUGUUCGAAACCGUGCCAUGGGUAGCAAAUCUGAACCAUUACCCACCUCAUCCGGGCGAGAGCAAGUGCAGGAGAACGUAGUGUUGGUUGACAAUGGAGAGGAGGACAAUGAUGAUGAUGAAAAGAAGCCAUUGAUGGUGAAGAAGAAGCAGAAGAGGAUGAAGCUUGGAAUGGUGAAAGCUAGAUCUAUAAGCAGCUUGCUGAGCCAAACAAACAAUGCAGUUGUGGAGCAUGACAAUAACAAAAACAGUUGCUAAUGAAGAGAGAUAAGUGUGUGUUAUUUCAUGCGUUAGAAUGAAGGGAAAUCAUGAUAUAGUGUUAUACCACCUUCUGCAACUAAUGGUGUGUUCGUUAGAAAUUCUGAAUGAAGAAUAUGGGUGGGUGUUCGAUGAAAUGUUUUUUUUUUUUUUUUACUGGUUGAGUUCAAAACUAUUUUAUAUUUUGUUGCUCUACGUCUU